UUUAGUAGAGACAGGGUUUCGCCAUGUUGGCCAGGCUGGUCUCAAACUUCUGACUUCAGGUGAUCCAAAGUGCCAGGAGUACAGCCAAAAACUGCUUUUGAAAUGCAUCCUCGAGUUUCUAGACAGCACCGGCCAGGAAGGAAGGAGGCUUGGUGCUGGUCCUGCGCCUGCCCUCUCCCCGCGUCCUGGGAUUAGGGAUUCUCAUGGCAACACCGGGCCCGGUUGGCUGCGAGGCUGCAGCCCGAACCCGGCCUUCCCUGCUAGGAGCCCGCGGGGGGCGACCGCCUGCAGGGCUGGACCCGCUGCAGAAGGAGGGCUCGGGGAAGGGUGAGAGCCGGACCCGGGUAGGCGCCAGUUACAGAAUGUCUGAAGGGGACAGUGUGGGAGAGUCCGUCCAUGGGAAGCCUUCGGUGGUGUACAGAUUUUUCACGAGACUUGGACAGAUUUAUCAGUCCUGGCUAGACAAGUCCACACCCUACACGGCUGUGCGAUGGGUUGUGACACUGGGCCUGAGCUUCGUCUACAUGAUUCGAGUUUACCUGCUGCAGGGGUGGUACAUCGUGACCUAUGCCUUGGGAAUCUACCAUCUAAACCUUUUCAUAGCUUUUCUUUCUCCCAAAGUGGAUCCUUCCUUAAUGGAAGACUCAGAUGACGGUCCUUCGCUACCAACCAAACAGAACGAGGAAUUUCGCCCCUUCAUUCGAAGGCUUCCAGAGUUUAAAUUUUGGCACGCGGCUACCAAGGGAAUCCUGGUGGCUAUGGUCUGUACUUUCUUCGACGCCUUCAACGUCCCCGUGUUCUGGCCCAUCCUGGUGAUGUACUUCAUCAUGCUCUUCUGCAUCACCAUGAAGAGGCAGAUCAAGCACAUGGUUAAGUACCGGUACAUCCCAUUCACUCACGGCAAGAGGAGGUACAGAGGCAAGGACGACGCCGGCAAGGCCUUCGCCAGCUAGAAGCGGGACUGAGGGCGCCUCACUCGGUGCAGGAACGGUUUUGAGCCAUUGUUAACAAUGCCUUUUCUUCACAUAAAGUAGUUGAUUACGAGGGAGUCGAAUUUUCUUUUUAAAAAGGAGCUUCAAUGAUUUGUAGCUGAAAUAUCAGGUUCUUGAAGAAACUGGCACUUAAACCAAAUCGAAUGGAUUUCUUUUCAGUGACGUUCAGGUAUUUCUCAUGGAUGGAAUUCUAGUCAGCUGCAGGCAGGAAGCCAGGUGGGUGGAGCCCACAGGGGCGAGGGCAGGUGGCCGGCCCCCCACAGUGCCGGGUGGGCAGGCAGGAGUGAGGCCUGUGGGGGAGGAACAGCCGCUCCCCGCCAGGCCGCCUUCCCUACCAGCCGGAGGUGGUGCCAUGGCUACUCCAUGGAGCCUGAGGGACCAUCUAGCCUGAUUCCUGCGCAUUUGAAAGAACUGAACGCUUGAAAGGGGUUGUCAUGUCACUGUGGGGUUCUGAUGCCAGUUUCCUCGUUUCAUCUCACUGGAGAUGCUUACAGUUGGCCUCUGUCCUGACGACUCAAAACUUGUUCUUAACUACCAUGAUUGCUUCUGAGGGCCUGGAAUUAUAAAUAUAUAUAUUAUAUUUUAAUUGUUUGAGAUUAUUUUGACACAUUUGAUAUGUAAAGAGUGUUUCGUUUUUGAUUUAAAUCUGUCCUCAUGCAACCCCCAUGAGGGGUGGCGAAGCUGGCAGCAGCGGACUGGCUUUGUGGGUUCAGCCCUCGGCCCUCCCACUGCCGAGGCAGAACCCACUUGCAUGUCAGCUCUUUUGAUGUGAUAGAAGAAAUACUCUUAACCAUUUACCAAGUGAUUUUUCACUCCACUUUAUUAAAGAUAGCGUGCCCUUU